CCUGCAAAAUAAUAUUAAAAUACCGAAAAAGCCAAAUAGAUUGUGAAAUGGAAAUGUUGUGUGCUUAUGUUGCUCCCUUACCCAACUGCAACUGUCCCAUUCCAAUUGCUCAUAUCCUUCCUCAUCGUUUCCAUCGCAGAAGAAUAAAACCCACUUCCAUUUCCAUUUCCAUUUCGAGAUACCAAACCCACUCCAAAAAUCUUUGUUCCAUCACUCUCCAUCCUACUAGCAAGUGCAAUAAUAAUAAAGACCAAGAAAACUACAAUACAAGCUACUCACACCCAGCGCAAAAUCGUUUGUUAUUUGACCAAUUUCAAUCUUCUAUUGACAGUGUCCCCAUCAGUAAUAAAAACCCAGAAACUCAAAACCAAGAACAAGAACAGAGAAACGAAGAAAAACGAGAAAAUCCAACCAAGAAACGCAAAGGACUUCUCACAAACAUGUGGUGGGUAGAUUUAAAAGCAGCAUUAGGCCAAAGAAUCAACGUUGAAGGAAUUAUUGCAUCGGUGUCUGUUUUUGUCAAAGAGCAGCAUUUGACUCUUCCUCACGUAUCAGUGCGUGAUAUAAGGUACAUUGAUUGGGCAGAGCUGCAUCAAAGAGGUUUUAAAGGUGUGGUCUUUGAUAAGGAUAAUACAAUAACAGUGCCUUACACUUUAACAUUGUGUGGUUACCUUCAGUCGUCGAUAGAGCAAUGUAAAUCUGUUUUUGGCAAUGAUCUAGCCGUGUUUAGUAACUCUGCUGGCCUAUAUGAGUAUGACCAUGAUGGUUCAAAAGCCAGGGCACUUGAGAAGGCAAUUGGGAUCAAAGUCAUAAGGCAUAUGUCUAGGUCAAGUACUAUUGAUGCAGUAUCUUCUAUUUACUAUACAGGGGUAAAGAAACCAGCUGGAACUGCUGAAGAAAUUGAAAAGCACUUCGGCUGUAAAUCUUCGCAACUUGUCAUGGUUGGUGAUCGACCCUUUACUGAUGUUGUUUAUGGGAACCGAAAUGGGUUUUUCACUAUAUUAACAGAGCCAUUGAGUCUCACCGAGGAGCCAUUCAUUGUUAGGCAGGUGAGGAAACUGGAAAUGUCACUUACCAACUAUUGGUUUCGGAAAGGACUGAAGCCAGUUAGUCACAGCCUACUGCCUGAUGGAAUGCAAUGUGUGAAAGAUCCACCACCACUGUAAAGUACAUAUUUGCAAAUUUAUGCAUGUAGCUAAAAAUCAUUUUUUUAGGUGUUCCAUUUCGUUUGUAGGAAUCAUGUCUUAUUUGUUUGUUUGAUUCAGUAUAUGUUACAAUUUUUAAAGAUUAACCACAUAAUCUGAAUCAGGAAUUCGAGAACAGGAUACAAUUAGACUAA